AGCAAAUGGCUCUAGCUGUGCCACACAGACUCCUGCUCUGGGGUGGUGGGACCUCCAGCAGCCAAGCACAGCAAGGAGGAUGCCUAGGGGCUGAGCCAGGUCUGGACAACUUGAGCUCCAAGCUUCCCCUCGGCCAGAGGCAACACCGCUGCCAAGCUGGCCCCCAGGAGAGUCGGGGUCCGUAGGGAGAGGACGACAGACGGAGUAGAAGAGCGGAGCACGCCUUGCAGCAGGGGCACCUCCACAAAAGCAAGGAGGGAGCGCCGAAUGCCCGGGAGCAGCGGCUGGGCCCGCGGGGGUGGGGGCUUCUCCCCAAGCCCUGACGUAAAAACUAAGCGGGGCUGCCCGCUCCGGCUUCUUAAGGAGCGCGGCGGCAGCGGCGGGCACGGAGAGUCGUACCCGGCCCGCCCUGCACGCCGGAGCGCCGAGUGACACAACAGACCUUGGGAGCAGAGGAAGAAUCAUCUGCAACAUGAGACUCACCUGCUCUCUGCUAAUCGUGGGAGCAUUCUGUGUGGCACCUUUCCUCUGCCAUAGCCAAAUUGAUCCACUAGCUCUUGGGCGAGCAGACCCCCAGUGUUGGGAAUCCUCCUCAGCUGUCUUACUGGAGAUGAGGAAGCCUCGCAUUUCUGACUCUGUCAGUGGCUUUUGGGACUUCAUGAUCUUCCUGAAAUCAUCAGAGAACUUGAAACAUGGGGCUCUGUUCUGGGACCUGGCUCAGCUCUUCUGGGAUAUCUAUGUGGACUGCGUGCUCUCAAGAACCCAUGGCCUAGGGAGAAGGCAGCUAGCAGAAGCUAAACAGAUCGCUCCUCUGCGUUCUCAGUUCACAGGGAGAAACCAAGGGAUACUUUCUCAUAUUCAGAGGUUGCCAGCUCUGAAGAAGAAAGACUCGUUUGAGGAUUUAACAAGUAUCCAUAUGCAUAAGAGUAAAUCUACAUUACUUGGAAGAAUCAUCGGAGAGCUAGGGAAAAAGAGGAAAUGACAUAUUUAGUCCAAGAUCUUGACUUGUAGAUUUUUUUUUAACUAUUUCUCUUUAAUUUUUGCAUUUUAAUCCUCAUUGAUGUUAAUUUACAUGGUGGAAGAAGGCCUAUAACAAUGAGCACUGUAUCUC